AAAGUGUUUACGAGAGAGGGUGGGGAUCGAACCUUGUCACUCCAGAUAUUGGCCUACUACUGUUUGAAAACAAGAUACGUACCUAGCUCAGUUUGUUAUAGCUACUGUAUUAAUGUAGUACAUUACUAGCUCUAUACUACUACUGUGUUAUACUUAAACAGAUUUAUAUGAAUGUUAGACAAAGACUGUUAUUCUGAUAAAGUGAUGUCCCUUGAAAGAACCGAUAGAGGCUUGAAAAACAAAAAUGAAGUUUGAUGACGUCAUUCACCAGCUUGGAGACUUUGGCAGCUACCAAAAGCGUAUGUUCUUGUUGACAUGUCUAGUGUCCGUGCCCACAGCAUUCCAUGUUUUAAUGUCAGUCUUUGUACUGGCCGUGCCAGAUCACAGAUGCGCCAUUCCAGAACUGGACAAUGACACGUACGCGAGUCAAGGUCCCUGGCAUGAUGACCUCAUCAAUCAAUCUAUCCCAUGGCUGAGUCAGAAGAACAUGUACUCCCAAUGUGAAGUGUUUGUCAAAGAUGUCACACAGAGAGACUGGAACAACACGACCAGAAAAUGUGACAAAUGGGUUUACAGCAAGGAAAUAUUUACAUCCACAUUUGUCACAGAGGUUUGUGGGAUAUAUUUACAUUCAAAUUACCUCCUGCUGAACAGUCGAGUCUGGAAUUAUUAUUUCCCCUUUUAUAUUGUUAUAUUGUUGGGCACCAUUGGUCAGUUUGCUAGUGGUCUUGCUGUAGCUUUUGUCCACUCUUAUGUUCCAUUUGUCAUCUUGAAGUUUUGUGCCACCUUCUUUGGUAGUGGACUCUACCUGGCUUCCUAUGUCAUCGGCAUGGAGCUUGUGGGCCCAAGGAAAAGAAAAUACGCUGGGAUUAUAAAGGAAUGCUUUUGGGUUCUUGGACAUUUCCUUUUGAUUGCUAUCGCCUACGGACUACGAGAUUGGAGACACUUACAGAUUGUAUUAUCAAUCCCUAACUUUUUAAUCAUCUCAUAUUUCUUAUUACUGAAUGAAUCUCCAAGAUGGCUUGUCAGCAGAAAUAGACUACAGGAAGCUUCUGAAAUAAUCAAAAUUGCUGCCAAAACCAAUAACGUUACUAUGGCGGACAAAAUGGCUAAUUUGAAAGAGAUAGAAUUGGACGGUAUUGGCGAAAAAGUCUGGCACAUGAUGACGAAUCAUGUUCUGCUUAUCCGCUGUUUGGUUAUUUUUGCCAACUGGAUUGUAGCAAGUAUGGUGUACUACGGUCUAAGUUUGAAUGUUGGCAACCUGUCUGGAGAUCUGUAUCUGAACUUCUUCCUGUCUGGUGUGGUAGAGCUGCUAUCUUACUUUCUGUGCCUGAUAUUCCUGGACAAAGCUGGCAGGAAGUUAUUACAAUGUCUCUUUAUGUUGACUGCUGGUGCAGCUUGCGUGUGUACGCUGUUUCCUGUACUGUAUGGAACUAAAGAUCUUUCCUGGAUAACCUUGGUGCUGUCCCUUGUUGGUAAAUUCGGCUCUUCGGCUGCGUUUGCUAUCAUCUAUAUCUACACUGUGGAGUUAUUCCCCACUGUGAUGAGAAACUCUGGGCUUGGACUAUGCUCUGUCAUGGCAAGAGUUGGUGGCAUUCUCGCACCUUAUAUUGCAGAUAUUGGUCAAGUGAUCUCUGGAGACAUGGCUGUAGUGCUACCUCUACUUAUAUUUGGUGGAGCCUGUGUGUUUGCUGGACUACUUGCCCUGUUACUUCCUGAGACGGCCAACAAAAUGUUACCAGACACUGUGGAAGAUGCUAAGAACUUUGGAAGGAAAAAUAACAAGAGAAGUUUCAAUCUCCAACCUUUAGAACCAAACUCGGAGAAAAUUGGAAAACUCAAUCCAGUAUUCACCAUGGAUUCUCCAAUUUAGUGCCACGUUGAAUUCCUGACAGAAUUUAAUUGAAGAGCUUUAUGUUCCUUGUGCUAUUUAAACGAUCAAAACAUAACUUAACAAAGUCGAUAAUUGAGAUUUCUUGAUAUAAUGGUGAGGAUUGAGGAUGUUAUGUUUUGAUAUAUUCGAUAAAAGAAAUAUGUAUUC